AUGACACAUGAUGUAAAGGUACUGUCUCUCAACUGUAUGACACAUGAUGUAAAGGUAUUGUCUCUCAACUGUAUGACACAUAAUGUAAAGGUACUGUCUCUCAACUGUAUAAUACAUGAUGUAAAGGUACUGUCUCUCAACUGUAUAAUACAUGAUGUAAAGGUAUUGUCUUUCAACUGUAUGACACAUGAUGUAAAGGUAUUGUCUCUCGACUGUAUGACGCAUGAUGUAAAGGUAUUGUCUCUCAACUGUAUAAUACAUGAUGUAAAGGUACUGUCUCUCAACUGUAUAAUACAUGAUGUAAAGGUACUGUCUCUCAACUGUAUAAUACAUGAUGUUAAGGUAUUGUCUCUCAACUGUAUGACACAUGAUGUAAAGGUACUGUCUCUCAACUGUAUGACACAUGAUGUAAAGGUUUUGUCUCUCAACUGUAUGACACAUAAUGUAAAGGUAGUCGAAUGCCCACAUUCUGCAGCUGGUAUGCAGUGGUAG